AUGGAAGGGUCUCCGCGACCUGAGAACAAGCGCUCUCCGGCCUCCGACUCCAGCGCUGCAUCUGCCUCCGGGUCCAGCACCGGGGGUGUGCCGGAACGGGUGGGAAAGGAGGACGUCAUGAUCACUUUGUCGCUCUCCGCCGAACCACCGGCACCUCCUCGGACUGGAUCUCCUUUGACCCGGUCGCAUCUACGCUCGCGGUCACUGGUGGGAAUCCCCGGCAUGCCAUCGAUGACCCGCGCCUACUCGUCCCCAGGGCUGGACUCUCGGGGACGAUAUAUCUUCGUCAACGGCCGCGGGAUGCCCGCGCAUCCUCCCGUUGAUGGCGCGAAACGGCCCAUGCCCUUGCAGAUGCGCGCGGACGAUCACAUCGAGACCCGUUUGGGGUCGCUCAAUAUCUCCGAGACCAUCUCGGAGAAUGCAGAGCUCGACACCACCCCCAGAUCGCCUUCUUCGCAUCGCAGCUCUUCUCCUGUCUUAACGGCACAUGGGUUUCCCCGCAUCGGUCGGAUGCGCUCGACGUCGCCCCUCCAUAUCCAACCCUCCGUGAGCAGUCCACCUUCGGUUCAUACCUCCCCCAUGCUCGGCGGCAAGUACAACGAGUCCUAUCCGAUUCACUCGUCUUCGUCUACAUCUUCGGUCCCGUCGACUCCGACCAGUCUGCGCUCGCGCAGCCCCAGCAUUUCCUCUCUGGAAACUAUUCCCGACAUCCCUGACGCGGAAGCAGAGGCUCUCGAGGACGAGGAUCGCAUGGCGGAGCUGAAAGCUGCCGCUGAUGCUGCGGAUGCUGCAAGCAGCUCCAAUCGACGGCAUGGUACAUCCGAUACAUCGACUCCGUCCAGUUCUUUCAGCACGGUUCGUGGCGGUUCCAGCGUGUACACUCCGCGCAGCGACAAGCGCAAACGAUGGAGUGUUUGCGGUGCCGAACGUCGCCAGGACCUGGACCUGGAGACUAUCUGGGAAGACUGA